CACACCGUGUACAAAAUGUACCUGAUCUCUAAAGAGGCUUUUACUGAUGAGAUGAUGUUUAUGAUUGAUGAUGACAGGUGCGAGCCUUUCUCAACAUAUCCUAGGAGUUAUGAUCUCAUCCAUGUAGCUUCCAUUGAGUCGCUUACAAGAGAUCCCGGCUCUGGAAAGAGCAGGUGUAACCUUGUGGAUUUGAUGGUGGAGAUUGAUCGAAUGCUACAUCCAGAAGGGAUGGUUGUGAUUCGAGAUUCCCCUGAAGUGAUCGACAAAGUAGAACAUAUUGCUCACGCUGUCAGAUGGACUGCCACCAUACAUGAGAAGGAACCCGAAUCGCAUGGGAGGGAGAAAAUACUCGUAGCAACGAAAAGUUUUUGGCAGUUGCCUUCAUCAUCCCGCUGAUGCGUCUUUUUCUUUGUUGUAAUGUAAGUAUGAUUUUAAUUUUUUUCCCCUUAUUUAAAGCUAAUAUGUCAUUAUGUGCAUCAAAUGAUGUAGCUUUAAUCUCAUUUAGUUCGAUCUUACGUCAAGGGGUAGUCAUGAUAGAAUACUCUUCCCAGUGGCAAUUAUAAUCUUAUUUAUUUUUUAGGGUCAAUUGUAAGAUAUCAUUUAGAAAAAUGAAAAAAAAAAAAAAAAAAAAA